AUGAAUGUAGGCCAUUUGGCAGUUUCAUUAGUGCAACGACAGCUAAGAGAAGACUGGGAUAAUCGGGAAUACGCUCAAGUUAUUUCUGAUAAUAUCAAACAUAUCGCUGAUUUUUUGGGAAAUUUCGAAUUAUCGUGUCGAAGUAAAAUCGCCGCUUUGAACGAUAAGAUUACAGUUUUAGAGAGAAAAAUUGAAUUUCUUGAAGCGCAGGUCGAUAGUUUUCACAUUUUUCCUUUUUGCUCUUUGAAAAGCCUUUUAAUUCUUGGAUAUUCCUGCAUUUCUUUUAGGGAUUUCAUGUGCAAUCUUUUUAUGGAAUUAAAAACUACUAUUUUAUUAUUUUUUUAUUUAUUUUAUAUCAUUGUUAAUGAAGCUUUCAUUUUUUAA